AAGGAACAACUGGCGCAUGUUAGAGAGUUUCGUAUAAUAUGCGGGAAAGACACAUCGCCUUAUUUGUCGUCUUUUUCUUUUUACUUCACAGGCAAAUAGCUGAACGCCGCCAUCGAGACUGGUAUAAAACGGGGCUGCAGAGGCAGAGAUGGCAGCAGUUGGACCGUCAGCCACUGAAAGGAACCAUGAUCCGUGCCUGCAUUGUCCUGGCUCUCGCCACCAGCGCCAUCGCUGGCCACGUCGGUGGCUACGGCCUCGGCUACGGCCUCGGCUAUGGCCUCGGCUCCGGCUACGGCCUCGGCUAUGGCCUCGGCUCCGGCUAUGGCCUUGGCUAUGGCCUGAGCUCCUACGGUCUUUCCCACGGCGUUGGCUACUCCGGUCUCGGUCUCGGCUACACCUACGCCCCAGCUGCCAGCUACGCCGUCGCUGCUCCAGCUGUUUCCCGUACUGUCUCCACCUACCACGCUGCCCCAGCUGUGACUACCGUCGCUCACGCUGCCCCAGUCGCCACUGUUGCCCACGCCGCUCCAGUUGCCACCUAUGCCGCUGCUCCAGCUGUCGCCACCUACGCCGCUGCUCCAGCCGUGACCCGCGUCGCCACUGUUGCCCAUGCUGCUCCAGUUGCUACCUACGCCGCUGCUCCAGCUGUCGCCACUUACGCCGCUGCUCCAGCCGUGACCCGCGUUGCCACCUACCAGGCUGCUCCAGUUGCCACCUACGCCGCUGCUCCAGCUGUCGCCACUUACGCCGCUGCUCCAGCCGUGACCCGCGUUGCCACCUACCAGGCUGCUCCAGUUGCCACCUACCACGCUGCCCCAGUCGCUACCUACGCUGCUGCUCCAGCCGUGACCCGCGUCGCCACUGUUGCCCACGCCACUCCAGUUGCCACCUACGCCGCUGCUCCAGCCGUCACCACUGUUGCCCACGCCGCUCCAGUCACCACUUACGCUGCUGCUCCAGCUGUCACCACUGUGGCUCACGCCCCAGUUGCCACCUAUGCUGCUGCUCCAGCUGUCGCCACUGUGGCUCACGCCCCAGUUGCCACCUACGCCACUGCCGUCCAUGCUGCCCCAGCUGUCGCCACCACCACUGUCGCCCACGCUGCCCCAGUCGUCGGUGCCUACCACGCCGCCCCAGCCUACGGCUAUGGUGUUGGCAGCCUCGGCUACGGUGUUGGAAGCUACGGUUAUGGCCACGGUCUCCUCGGCUACGGUCUGAACUACGGCUACGGUCUUGGCUCUCCCUUCGACUACACCACCCUCCUCCGCAAGAAGAAGUUGGAACAUAUCGAGCGAUCUAAGGCGGCUUCGAAGAGGUUCAAUGAAGAGCGCCACCCAGUGAUCCAGCCCGGCAGGGGCAUCUGCGUGAGCAGGCGUUUGAUCCGUGCCUGCAUUGUCCUGGCUCUCGCCACCAGCGCCAUCGCUGGCCACGUCGGUGGCUACGGCCUCGGCUACGGCCUCGGCUAUGGCCUCGGCUCCGGCUAUGGCCUCGGCUCCGGCUAUGGCCUCGGCUCCGGCUAUGGCCUUGGCUAUGGCCUGAGCUCCUACGGUCUUUCCCACGGCGUUGGCUACUCCGGUCUCGGUCUCGGCUACACCUACGCCCCAUCUGCCAGCUACGCCGUCGCUGCUCCAGCUGUUUCCCGUACUGUCUCCACCUACCACGCUGCCCCAGCUGUGACUACCGUCGCUCACGCUGCCCCAGUCGCCACUGUUGCCCACGCCGCUCCAGUUGCCACCUAUGCCGCUGCUCCAGCUGUCGCCACCUACGCCGCUGCUCCAGCCGUGACCCGCGUCGCCACUGUUGCCCAUGCUGCUCCAGUUGCUACCUACGCCGCUGCUCCAGCUGUCGCCACUUACGCCGCUGCUCCAGCCGUGACCCGCGUCGCCACUGUUACCCACGCUGCUCCAGUUGCCACCUACGCCGCUGCUCCAGCUGUCGCCACUUACGCCGCUGCUCCAGCCGUGACCCGCGUUGCCACCUACCAGGCUGCUCCAGUUGCCACCUACCACGCUGCCCCAGUCGCUACCUACGCUGCUGCUCCAGCCGUGACCCGCGUCGCCACUGUUGCCCACGCCGCUCCAGUUGCCACCUACGCCGCUGCUCCAGCCGUCACCACUGUUGCCCACGCCGCUCCAGUCGCCACUUACGCUGCUGCUCCAGCUGUCACCACUGUGGCUCACGCCCCAGUUGCCACCUAUGCUGCUGCUCCAGCUGUCGCCACUGUGGCUCACGCCCCAGUUGCCACCUACGCCACUGCCGUCCAUGCUGCCCCAGCUGUCGCCACCACCACUGUCGCCCACGCUGCCCCAGUCGUCGGUGCCUACCACGCCGCCCCAGCCUACGGCUAUGGUGUUGGCAGCCUCGGCUACGGUGUUGGAAGCUACGGUUAUGGCCACGGUCUCCUCGGCUACGGUCUGAACUACGGCUACGGUCUUGGCUCUCCCUUCGACUACACCACCCUCCUCCGCAAGAAGAAGUAAAUUGCUGCCCUAGGAACUACUGCAUUCGUCAAAUAAAGGAUGUAAAUUCAACAAAUUUAGGCCAUUUCUCAUCAUGUGGGUCGUUACCACAGGACGAAAGAUGGGUUUUAAUAAAAUUUAGUAUUUUCAAUUUUAUUAUUUCAAGUUUUUGUAUUUAUUCGUUGC